ACAUUGGUGCAAGUCCCCAAUUGAAACCACUGUCCACUCUUUCAUACCAGUCUGCAGUAUGAAAAGAACAAUGAUAUUCAUUUUAAGUCUGUUCGCCUUAUGCCAAAUUGGCUUUACUGCACCAUUCGUAGAGCGAGUGAAAAGAAACGACUCACCAAUAAUCGGUGUUCUCGCGCAGGAGCUAUUCAACUCUUCAAAUUCCUACAUUGCCGCAUCCUACGUCAAAUACCUGGAAUCUGGGGGAGCUCGUGUGGUACCUAUUUUGAUCAACAAAUCCGAAGAAGAAUACACCCAACUCUUCAAAUCCAUUAAUGGAGUCCUCUUUCCCGGUGGUGGCGUUAGCAUUGAAACGUCUGGCUACGCAAAAGCAGCUAGAAUUUUCUACAAACUGGCACUAGAGGCUAACACCCAAGGUGAUUAUUUCCCUGUUUGGGGGACAUGUUUGGGCUUUGAGCUGCUGACAUAUCUGACCAGUGGAGAAAAUCUUUUGUCUCACACUAACACCAGUGGGGUUGCACUGCCACUGGUCUUCACCAAAGAAACUAGAGAGGGCAGGUUGUUCAAAGGCUUCCCUGAAGAUCUGAUGACAUCAUUGACAUCUGAGCCAAUCACAGAAAACUCUCACCAGUGGAGUCUCACUGUAGAGAGCUUUAAUAACAACAAGGAUCUAAACAAAUUCUACCGUGUCCUAAGCACCAACACCGAUGGCAAAGUGGAUUUUGUGUCCACAGUAGAGGGAUAUAAUUACCCAGUUUAUGCCACUCAGUGGCAUCCGGAGAAAAAUGCCUUUGAGUGGACUCGUCCUUACGUCCCUCACUCUCCUGCCGCCAUCAAGACCACAUUCUACAUGGCGGACUUCUUCGUCAACGAAGCGAAAAAAAGUUUCCAUGCUUUCGCCAGCAAGGAAGAAGAAGUGAAAUCUCUGAUUUACAACUACAACCCGGAGUACACGGGCGCCAAGUCCGCUUUCGAGCAGAUCUACGUUUUUUAACUAAAAUGUAACAUUGUGAUGAUUCCAACGGAACUCGAUUAGGCGACGAUUUGCUGGACGGUACGGUUUCACGUACCUCAUUUUUUUUUGCUGAGCUAUCAUUUUAUCUACGACAAAUUUGUCCUGGAUUUUAUUUUAACAGACACAUGCCAGGAUCAAAAUUUGUCCCGAGUUUUUAUUUCUCGUGUGUUUGCACUACAUGAAGUAUAGCAUUCAUCAAGAUACAUCUCUAUCCAAAUGAUUUCUCCAGUAUACAAACUGUCUUAAUGUCUCCUGACAAAACAGGAGACCCACUCAGUGCAUGAAUGUUUUUAAACUACAAAUACACACUCACUGGCCACUGUAUUAGAAAUUUGGCGGGAUAUUUUUGGGUGGUGAUCCACCCUGAGCCCGACAGUGACGCUAACAUGUAAAAACUCCACCCCACGCCACUGUGUCUGAUACACUCGCACCAAUGUGACACCCACUACCAUGGCAGUGACAUUGCUGUGUUGAGAAUUUUCCACCGUUCGGAUGACAUGCAGUCAACAGAAAACCUACAGUCUGUCAUCGCAAACCUAUACGGUGUACCUUUAGUAUAGAUAUACCUCACAAAAUGGCCAGAGAGUGUAAGUCUAAGGUCAGUCUUUUCUAAUAAAGUGGCCAGUGAGUUAAUAUAGUCAGUAUAAAGACACGAGCGCUGGAAGAAAAUAAGAAUGUCUUUACCUGCUGUGGUUCAGGACUUCUCUGUCUUUGAUUUACUUAAAGAAACUGAUGUUAAUUAUGAAAUUAUGUGUGUGUGUGUGUGUGUGUUAAAUUUGUGCCAACUUUAAUUCAGUACAAUCAAUAUUAUUUUAGUCAAUCUUGUUAUGACCAGAAUGGAUGAAUAUUGCACUAAAAUAACUUGAAAUUAAGCAUCUAUUUGAAGAAAAAUGUCACUUGCUCAGAAAAAAAAGCGAUGACAUAAUUAGCACUGGCUUCUAGUUUUAAUUUACGUGACAUUUUUCUCAUGUUCUGUUUUUAGCUUGUUUUUGGUUGUGCUUUUAACUGUGCCAAAUAAAAGCAACCAAGAACAUGUACUGAGU